AUGGUUUCAGUUGCGUUUGACAUUGCCGCACCAUCGCAACAGUUCCUCUCCGAUCUGUACGAUGCAUGCGUCCUCAGCGUUACAGCUUGCGACGAUGUGGCGUUGAUUCCUGGGGACAAUACCCUGGUCGAAAGUGCUUCCGAGGAGGCCGGCUCCGGCGACGCUGCCAGCCAGCUGCGCGCAACCUGCACUGCGGCCGCGCUGCAUUACCUUUCGCAGCAAGACGCCCGCGUGAUCCAGCAGUUCCUGGACGCUUUUUUCCUGCCGCUGCUGGCCCGCAGCGGCACAUUGCCCGACAAGGCCUGUCAGCUGCAGACCUGCACCGUCCUGGUGGACUUGCUGAUAGCUAGGGAGCUGUGGCCGCAGUUGCGACAGCUGAUCGGUGCGUGCGUCAGCGCACUGGACGCAGCGGCUACGGGGGCCUGUGGCGCCGGGACCGGGGCCAGCAGUAGCGGCGGCGGCUGCCGACUGCCGUUGCGGGUCGCGUGCACUCUGUUGGCGGCGGUGGUGCAGCGGUUGAGUUCAG